UCGUAAAUCUCUUCUACAUGACUUUCAGCAGGAUGAUGGGUAUAGCAUUCCUUCGUAUACCUUUCUUCCUUCGGUGUCCGCCAAUUCUUCCGCCCAGUGGCGUUCCCCAUUGAAAAACUUGGCACCGCUCGAGUCGACCGCAUGAUCAUCGCUCGGCAGUGCCAUCCACGAUACAUCUUCUUUCUCCGGGCCGCCCGCCUACCCAGGACCGACGUCUUUCUCCCCCACCAUGUCCCUCCAAGUCAUCGAUCCCCUCACCUACGCCGUCCUCGGCCCCAACGCGACCUUCCGCCCCGAUGCCUUCUCCACCCCCUUCUUCAACCCCACCAACGCGACGCCGCCGUGCAUCCAGGUCUUCGACGACGCGUUCUACGAUAUCCUCGGGGACUCUCCUCUCCUUGCCCUGGUCGCCGAAUCCAAUCUGACGACGGAGGCAGGAGUGCCCAAGGCCCUCGCGCACGAGGCGCCGGUGUGGAUUGCCGCGACGGACGAGGUGUUCUUCGCGAGCGCGGCGGGUGAGGAGGGCGAGGACGAGGACGGCUGGCCGCGGAACAACCGCGUUAGCAAGAUCAGCAUGCAGGACGUCGAGCGUGCAGCGGGCGCCGGGAUCGCGGAUGCGGAGAUCGUUGAUCUCCCCAUCCCCGAAACCCUUCAGAACACCAAUGGCGGCACCGGCCUCUACUUCGGUGACAUCCUCCUCGCCACGUCGGGCCGAGGCGAGCUCCCGCCGUCGCUCGUCAGGGUGAACCCCGCAUCGCCGUACAAUACGACCGUUAUCCUGGACAACUUCUUCGGUCGGCAAUUCAACUCGUUGAACGAUGUGAAGGUGCACCCGAAGACGGGGAAGAUCUUGUUUACGGAUGUUACAUAUGGCUUCCUCACCGGCUUCCGCCCCGAGCCGCAGAUGCCAAACCAGGUGUACGUGCUCGACCCCGCGACGGGCAGCGUGCGCGUCAUCGCCGACGGCUUCGUGCGCUGCAACGGGAUCGCGCUGACGCCGGACGGGGAGACUGCCUAUGUCACCGACACCGGCGCGGGCGGCGGGAUAUGGGGCACCAACUCGACGCUGCCGGCUACGAUCUACGCCUAUGACGUCCAUCCCCGGACGCACGCGCUCACCAACAGGCGUGUCUUCGCGUACACCGACGCGGGCAUCGCGGACGGCAUCCAGGUCGACGCGGACGGGAACGUGUACGCCGGGUGCGGCGAUGGGACGCAGGUGUGGGAUCAGGAUGGGACGCUCCUAGGCAAAUUCUUCCUUGGCACGACGUCCGCCAACAUGGCCUUCGCGGGCGACGGACGGCUCGUUAUCCUCGCCGAGCAGAAGGUGUACUACGCAAAGAUCGCGGCGCGGGCGGGGGUGGUGGAAUAUCCGCUGAAAGAGUAGGUCGGGCAAAGGACGCUUGAAGUCGUCGAGAAGGAAUGGGGAGCCUGAGAUUGUCGAGAAUGGGGGCCUGAUGGAGUCAAUGGCAGGCGGAAAGGUAGACGGAAGGGGUAGAACGCGUGGAUGUUGAAUAGCAGCAGAAUCAGUACGGUGGUAUAGCGAGCAAAGAAAUCAACGUAAGACGAGAACAAUAUGUGGCACCCA